GGACAUUUUAAUCAGAUUCGGUGCCGGAAAUAGGAAAAUUUUGAUGUUGGCGGGUGUAGUUGUACUCUCCGUAGUCAAAAGCUAGUUCUCACGAACCAGAACCUGUCCGUACCAUAACCUGAGAGCUGAUGAGAAUCAGUGUCAUGUCGCAAAUGCAGCAGCGAAGCUUCUCGAUCGAUUUGCCUUCACUGGUUCCUCUGCAACUUCCAUCUCGUAGGGAGACUCAUCUAUGGUAUAUACUACCAGAUGAAGUGAAAAGCACGUCUCUUUUGAAUCGUUACUCUCAACUUCUCUCACCAAAUGAGAGAGAUAGAGUUGAUCAGAUGAGAGGUGAUGAGCUUAAGAAGAAUGCUUUGCUUGCUCGCACCUUGGUUCGAACCACCAUUGCUAGAUAUCAGACAAACAAUGCGGUCGAUCCUGGAUCUUUGAUGUUCAAGAAGAAUAUGUAUGGGAAGCCUGAGGUAGAUUGGCAGAACUGUAAAGACUGCAAUAAGCAGCCACUGCAUUUCAACAUCUCUCACACAGGUUCAUUAAUUGCCUGUGGGGUGACAGUACAUGCCCCGAUUGGUAUUGAUGUUGAAGACAAGGAAAGGAAGAUAAAACAUGAUGUCUUGACAUUCGCAAAAAGAUUUUACACUGCUGAUGAAGUGAACUUUUUGGCAACUAAACCGGACCAGGAAGCUCAGAGAAAAGAAUUUAUUAAGCUAUGGACUCUUAAGGAGGCGUAUGUGAAAGCAUUAGGAAAAGGCUUCUCCGCUUCACCUUUUAAUACCUUCACAAUCCAGUCUACGCCUGGAACUGAGGGAGGCUACAGUCUUUGCAAGACAUCUGAAUUGACAGCCAAUCCAAUGGAGGAGACAGAGAAAUACAACGGAGGAUGGAAGUUUACCCUAUUGGAGUUGGCUGAUUCUCAUUAUGCUGCAGUCUGUAUUGAAGAUGAUGAAGUUAACGAAGGAGGUCCAAUGAAGGUGAUUGUUCGGAGAACCAUCCCGUUAGUGGAAGACCAACUUAUUUCCGAAAGAAUAUUUCUGUAGUUAAGUGCAAAACCUUACUCUUCUGUAAUCAUUUUAUUAUAUAUACUUCCUCUGCAGAACACUUUCUGAGACUCUUGAAUAAUCACCAGUAAUCCUUGCACGAGCAGAACCCAUCUUCGAAAUAGUGGAACCUUGAUGCAUCUCUUACAACAAACCUACGAUCUACAACCUUGCUAACCAUCUUGAUGAACACAUGACAAUCUUCACAAACCCUCAGGUUCUUUAUCACAAGAAUCUCUGUCCCUGGACUAGUGUUGAGGAUCGCAAAUGCUACUGCUAACCUCUCGCUAUGCUCACGCGUGUUGCUCGAAACCUCUCCGCAUCUAUCACAGUCUGUGUUUCCCGUGAUCUCCAUCACAGAAGUCUCUAACUCAUCCAGCAUUCUAUAGACAUCCUCUGUUUGCUCAUGACUUCUAUCGCCAGCCAAAAACAAAUGAACUCUUCCCUUGUGUUCUACAUAACUAUACCCUGGCUCUUUCUUGAAUCCUCUCUCUCUCAUCAUUACCCGUAUUAUCCAGAUUCCUUCUUGAUUCUUUGAGUCUGUAUAAAUAUUCGACAUCAAAACAUAGUAGCCAAUGUUCAUCGGUUCAAACUCAAUCACCUUUGCAAAAGCUACCUCUGCCAUAUCCACAUUCUUAUGGAUUUUACAGGCACCCAACAGAGCUCCCCAAACAGCACCAUCUGGUUCAAUAGGCAUUGAUUCUAUAAACGCCAUUGCUUCAUCUAACCGACCAGCUCUUCCGAGUAGAUCAACUACACAAGCGUAGUGUUCACAACCAGGCUCCAGCUUAUACUCUCUCUUCAUCGCACCAAACAACUCCAACCCUUUCUCCGUCAGCCCUGAAUGGCUGCACGUAGACAGAACCAUCACAAACACUGUCCCAUCUGGUCUUAUCCCAUUCCUAAUCAUAUCAUCGAAAAGCAUAAGCCCAGUCUCAGCCAUUCCAUGCAUCCCAUAGCAACCUAUCAUAGCAGUCCACGACACCAAGCUCCUCACAGGCAUCAUAUCGAAAACACCCCGCGCCUUUGCCAAGUUACCGCAUCUAGCAUACAUACUAAUCAACGCAUUGCUAACAAACACAUUAGACACAAACCCAUUAACCUCAACCAACUUCUCCACCUCCUGACCAAUCUUCUGAGCGCCAAGAUGAGCACAAGAAGACAGAACACUAACCAACGUAACAGGAUCAGGACCAACACCAGACGAUUUCAUCUCCUCAUAAAGCUCCAAAACAUCGUAAGCCAAUCCGUUCUGCGCAUACCCAGAGAUCACAGCGUUCCAUGUAAUCAAACCCUUAACAGACACUUCAUCAAACAACCUCCUACCAAACUCAACAGAUCCACACUUCAUGUACAUAGUAAUAAAGCUAUUCAAAACAGCUAACUCAGAAUCAAUCCCUAAUUUAACGCAUUCACCGUGAAGAGACAUCCCAAACCAGACAUAAUCAGGAACCGUGCAGACAGGGACAAGCCCGAGCAUUGUAACCGAAUCAACCGAAACACCUCUCUCCUUCAUUGUCCGAAACAGACACGCGGCAUCCCCCACCUUCGAGUUAACCGUGUAGCCAGAUAUCAAAGCGUUGUAACAAACUCCGAGCUGAUGUGACUGAGGAUUUUCGUCGAACACUUUACGUGCAUCGUUUACUAAACCGCAUUUACAGUACAUUGAGAUGAGAGCGGUCAGCACGAACGGCUCAGCGACGCAGCCUUCUCUGAUGACGUGGCAAUGGAGCUGUUGCCCGGAGAAAGGGAGAGAAAGCGCGGCGCAUGAUUUGAGAGUGAAAGGGUAAGAGAAUGCGUCGGGAGAGGAGCCUGAACGGAGCAUGGAGCGAUAGAGAGUGAUCGAUUCGGAGAAUAAUGAUUGGCGAGCGAGCUCUCGAAGACGCGCGUUCCAUGGCGUGGAAGCCACUCGCUGUACAAAGCUCCGGGUUGUUGCAGCGACGGUCAUCGCUUCUCCGCCGGUGAUGACUAGUUUGGGAAAAUGUAUCAUAUAUUGGAGUCAGGCCCAAUAAUAGGUGGAAUGGGCCUAGGCCUAGCCCAAUAAAUUUAUGAAUGGGCCUAGGCCUAACUAUUUGCGUGAUGGUAAAAUCAAAAUAAUCAGAUUUAUUUGGACAACCAAAGAGGAGA